UCCUUAGUUGGUUUAGUAACGUUCUAGUUGUCAGUUGUCGUUCAGCGUUGAACGGGCGACGUGUGAUUAAAAUUCAUUCUUCCUUCUCUCGUUGUGUGUGUUUGUGUGAUAUACUCUACUGCGGUGUGAAAAUUGUUGAAAAAUUAAAUAAAUUUAAAAAGAAAUUUUGAAAAAAUAAACAGCAAAAACUGUUUUAGCCUGAAUUUAGAAUUGGUGUGCAUUAAAAAAAUUUAAUUAAACAAAGACUAAAAACUGGAAAUUAUUUGUUCCUUUACUUCAAGACAAGUAAACUCAAAUAAAACAAUACGAAAAUAUAAAAAAAAAUUAAACGAAACUAAAAAACUACAUUAAAAAAACUCAAUUUAUUAAAAACAAAACAUACUAGUGCGCGUGUGUAAUGGCGUUUUUGCGUUCCAUCUGUGCUCAACGUACAAAUUUAGUUUAUAGUUAUAGUGGCUGUAGUUCUAGCAGCUUUAGUGCUGGCAAACUUCAAUACAUUGCUUGCUCUAAAGCUUCAACAAGUUGGGCGAGCUCGAUUCGACAAUUGAGUCAUGAUUCGAAGGACAAUGCAAGUGAAUUGAAUUUACAACAAGGCUCAUCGCAUCAUUAUUCCACUCAUCAUCGCAACAAACAACUCCUAUUAGCCAAUGCUCUAUUUGCACCCCAUUUCAAUCAACAUUAUCAACGCGUCCACACAAAUGCCAGCAAAUCUCAAACUGUAACCGCCACCCAAACUAUUGCGGAUGACGAUAAAGUUUCAUCGGUUUCGAGGAAACCUCAUCGUAGGCAAGCUCCACAACCAAAUGUUCCCGAAAAUCCCCAACGUGAUCCCUUGGAUGUUAGUUUCAAUGAUCCAAUUGCGGCAUUCAAGAGCAAAACAACAUGGGAGCUAGUACGCGCCUAUCUUGUCUAUACUAUUUGUUCCAGUGAAAAGCUUGUAGAGCAUAAUAUGAAGCUAAUGAAAGUGGCAAAUACAAUACUGGGAGAUAAAUUGUUUACAGCACUUAUGAAGGCAACAUUUUAUGGACAUUUUGUUGCUGGCGAAGAUCAAAUAAAAAUUAUACCAACACUCGAAAGAUUACGCUCCUUUGGUGUUAAGCCAAUUUUAGACUAUUCCGUAGAAGAGGAUCUUUCGCAAGAGGAAGCUGAAAAACGUGAAGUCGAAUCUUCUGUCUCCAGUGCUGGUGAUGUUGAUGAAGAUGGUAGCAUGCCCCAGUAUCAUGUCGACAAGUCAUUUGCCGAUCGUCGUUAUAAGGUUAACAGUGCUAGAACUUAUUUCUACUUGAACGAAGCUACUUGUGAACGUAAUAUGGAAACAUUCAUUAAAUGUUUGGAAGCUGUUUCAGUCGAUGAUGAAAAGUAUUUCCCUCGACGCAUAGCAGAGGGCGCAACCUUUGGUACUGGUAUUACAGCUAUUAAAUUAACCGCCCUGGGUCGUCCUCAACUUUUGUUACAACUUUCUGAAGUCAUUAUGCGCACACGUAAAUAUAUGGAAGAUUUGGUUGGUGGUCAAGGCAAUGUUUUAACUCAUCACAAGACUAUUAAAGAUUUGGAAAAAUAUUAUGCCAGUUUGGGCUCUGACAAUAAAAAUGUUCAAGAAUUUCUUAAGAAUGUUACCUCCGAUAAGGAAGGUAUUUUGCAUUUGUUCCCCUGGUCUGGUAUUGUCGAUGAGGAUUCACAAUUGAGUGAUACCUUUAGAGUGCCCGAUCCUAAAACUGGUCAAAUGCGUCGUUUGAUCUCACAAAUUCCGCCCAAAGAGGAAGAAAUGUUUAGAAAUAUGAUACGUCGUCUAAAUACUAUCGUUAAGACUGCUGAAGAAUUGGAUGUCCGUAUUAUGAUUGAUGCUGAACAGACUUAUUUCCAACCUGCAAUCUCCCGCAUUACACUCGAAAUGAUGCGUAAAUACAAUAAGGACAAGGCCAUUGUAUUCAAUACAUACCAAUGCUAUUUGCGCGAAGCCUAUAGAGAGGUUAACACCGAUUUGGAACAAGCUAAACGUCAAAACUUCUAUUUCGGUGCUAAGUUGGUACGCGGCGCUUAUAUGGAACAAGAACGUGCCAGAGCCAGUGCUCUAGGUUAUUCUGAUCCUGUCAAUCCUAGUUAUGAGGCUACUACCGAAAUGUAUCACAAGACUUUAACAGAAUGUUUGAGAAGAAUUAAGAUUCUUAAAGAUAAUGGUGAAGAUGCUAAAAAAAUUGGUAUUAUGGUGGCUUCCCACAAUGAAGACACUGUACGUUAUGCCAUUGAGAAAAUGAAGGAAAUCGGUAUUUCGCCCGAAGACAAAGUUAUUUGUUUCGGUCAACUUUUGGGCAUGUGUGAUUAUAUUACUUUCCCCUUAGGUCAAGCUGGUUACUCGGCCUAUAAGUAUAUUCCCUAUGGUCCCGUACAAGAAGUGUUGCCAUAUCUCUCACGCAGAGCACAAGAAAACAAGGGUGUCCUUAAGAAAAUUCAAAAAGAAAAACGUCUUUUAGCUGCCGAAUUACGCCGACGACUGUUGCGUGGUCAAUUGUUUUACAAACCCAAGGGAAAUUAUGUACCAAUUUAAAUUGCUCCCGCUCCUUUGGCCACUCAUACACACUCACACAAACACACACCCUUUUAAAUAACACAAGAACUCAUAAAAGAAAAACAAAACACAUUUGCUUACUUACAGGCGUAACAUUUUCAAAAAAAUUAAAAUGAAAACACACAACAAUUUUGAAAUCAAUUAAACAAAAACAAUAUGUAGAUUUAAUUAUAUUUUUUCCAAAAUUAAAAAAAAAACUUUUAAAAUUUUAAACAGAAAUCAAAUACUGCUGGAUACAGUUAGCUGAAAUAUUGGCAAUAGAACGCCUUCAAAUGUUGUUUGUAUGACAAUGUGUUUUGAAAUGAAAAAAAUGAUAAAAAAUUAGAAGAAAGUAGAAUAGAUAAAGAAUCGAAUCAAAACGAAUCUAGCAUUUUCACUACUCAUUAAUUUAACAAAGAAAAGAUCUAAUUAUAAAUCGUAUGUCAUGGAUUUUUUAAAGAAAGACUAUAAGAAAAAGUGUUUCGAAAUGUUGCUGUUAAAUUGAAAAAAAACUUUUUUGUAAAAUUUAUUUUAAUUUUAACAAAAAACAAAAACUAAAUGUAAUAAUGUAAUUGUUUAAAAUUUAAAAUUUGUUUUGUUUCCGAGUCAUGUAUUGUAAUUGUAAACGUUUAUCUAUUUAUUAAGUAUACACACUCACACACCCACAUACAACCGCCUACACAGGGUUGUUAAAAAUAGUAGGGAUUUUUUUUAGUUUCAAUUCAAACUACAAACUAUAAUUUCUUUAGGUUUUCUUUUUUUCUUUUUCUUAAACAGAAAUUUUCAAAUUUUUCUUUUAUUUAAUUUAUAAAAGUAAUUUUUAAAAAUUUUUGUUUUAAUCUCUGAUUGUUUUAAAAUAGUUUGUAUUUAUCUUCGUUGUUUAUAGAAAGAGAGAAAAACAAAAAAAUAAUUUUACAUUUAUUUUUAUUCAUCUUUAAAACUUUAAUUAUUAUGUAAAUGUUUGUCUUACAUUUUCUUUAAUUUACUAUUCAGUG